GGACGGUUUACAACCAGAGAUGCGGGGUUUAGUCGCUAAAGUACCCCAUAUUUUGCCUUAUCAUUUAUGACAACCCCUGGUAAAGAGCGGGGACGGGUCUGGGUUAUCUUUGCUGAUGACCUCACGUUACGCUGUUAAUCUUUGAGCAAAGCCGAAGCAUCUCAGUUUAGAGCAUAUUUCGCCGUCUAAAUGGUUUACGCAUCGGAUACGGAGAUGUCCGCUUCUUGACUGUCUCCUUCGGGCUAUUCGAGUAACUCAGCACCAAGCUGAGAAAGCCCCGUGUAUUGGAGCAGGCUCUAUUUACCGGUUUAAUUUCACGGUCCUGAUGGUGCAGUGAGGGGCGAGUGAUAAUUUAUGCUUACGAUCAUUGGAAAUUAUUCCCUCAACCUAAUCCAGGAUGAAACAUGCAUAUGCAGCAAGCCAUGGUGAGGUGUGCACUGGUGAUUGGUAGAUCUUCAGCAGACCACAAUUGGAGUCUAACAAAUAUCCCGGACGAGACGUAUUUCAAUAUGAAGCUAGGUUAUGAUCUGCCCGACCAGGAGCUAAGACAACUCUUGGGGAUACAAAGGCUAGGAGAAACGAGUGCAUGUGUUUGAUAUUCUGUUUCACGUGGUAACGGGAUAGGAAAUGGGAUAUAAGACCACAGCGGAUACAUACGUGAACAUGCAUUGGAACCAGCCUCAUACCAAAAGCUCGUCCAAGACCCUCCCUCAGAAAGGUUUAGGCAUGUUGUCUCAAAGAAUGCCAGCUUCUAUUCUUCCGAGGCAAAAUCUAGCUCGUCAAAGGAAACCAAGAUAGGACUACCAUAGUAAAGGUGAAACCCUCCCCAAAGAACAAUAGGACGCUGACGUAACUCGUAAAGAAUUUCAUUGCGUUGAAGGCCUAGAAGGCUUGGAAUCCCUGAACUAAGAAAUCAAACGUAAAACCUAUACUCGUGUAUCACACAGCAUAUGAACGAAGGGUAACGUGUUCA